GGGUCACCCUGGGCUGGGCCGGGGCCCCUCGGGACAGAGAAGGACACGGAGGGGCUGGAGGGUGGCCAGGGAAGGGCCCCGGAGCUGGGGAAGGGGCUGGAGAACUUGUGAGGAGCAGCUGAGGGAGCUGGGGGUGUCCAGCCUGGAGCCAAGGAGGCUGAGGGGAGACCUGCUGGCUCUGCAGCUCCUGAGAGGAGGUUGGAGCCAGGGGGGUCGGGCUCUGCUCCCCAGGAACAAGGGAUGGGACAAGAGGAACCGGCCUCAAGCUGCUCCAGGGGAGGCUGAGGUUGGAUCUGGGGAACAAUUCCUUCCCCCAAAGGGCUGUCAGGGCCUGGCCCAGGCUGCCCAGGGCAGGGGGGGAGUCCCCAUCCCUGGGGGGGUUUCCAAGCCCUGGAGAUGGUGCUGAGGGACACGGGGCAGGGGUGGCCUGGGCAGGGCUGGGGGAACGGGUGGGACUGGAGGGUCUGAAAGGGCUUUUCCAAUCCCAGCAGUUCUGUGGGCUGCAGCUGGUAAGACCCCUUGCAGCUCUUCCCUGCCCCGUGUCACCUGCUGCGUCGCCUUACAAGGAGGGAAGGUGAAGGUUUGGGGUGCCUGGUUGUGCUCUCCCCCUCAGCCAGCCCCAUCUGUCUCCGUGGAAUGAGCUGCCUGCUGCCCUGUGCUGUGCUGCCACUCAUGGGACUGCUCUUGGCCAGGACCAUGGCCUGGACGUCGAGUGGGAAGACGCACCCGGAGCUGGUCAACAACCUCUACAAAAAAGGGAUCAUUAAAUCCCAGCGAGUCUUUGAUGUGCUGUUGGCUACUGACAGAGGACACUACAUCAAGUAUUUCCCAUACAUGGAUUCUCCUCAGUCUAUUGGAUACAAGGCCACGAUCAGUGCACCACACAUGAUGGGCCCAACAGGGAAAGCUGUGGGAGUGGAGCACAUCAAAGAGCUGGUCCAUGAAUCCAUCAGAAACGUCCAGGAAGAUGAUCCAACACUGCUCAGCUCUGGCCGUGUGAAGCUUGUGGUUGGGGAUGGCAGGCAGGGAUACCCUGAAGAGGCUCCAUACGAUGCCAUCCACGUGGGAGCAGCAGCAGCAGCUGUCCCCAAGGAGCUGCUGGAGGAGCUGAAGCCGGGGGGCCGCCUGAUCCUGCCCGUGGGGCCCGAGGGUGCCAACCAGGUGCUGAUGCAGUACGACAAAACCCGCGAGGGGCAGGUGGUGGAGACGCAGCUGAUGGGCGUCAUCUACGUCCCUCUGACUGACAGGGAGAAGCAGUGGCCUCGGGAUGAACUCUGAUGGAUGGAUCCCUAAAGUGACCUCAGAAAGCUCAUGAAUGGGGACUUGUGGCUGUAGAUGGUCUGUGUGGUUUUGCUUUUUGAGCAGAGGCUUUAUCAGCAGAGGUGCUUGCAAAGGCAAGUUCUGCCUUGGCAGAGCUGGUGAUGGAGGGAGGCAAAGGUGUUUCCCCAGGAGCAGGGGAGGCUCUUGGGGGCCGUGUCUGGUUCCAGAGGGUGAGUGGAUCCAGCUAAGUCUGUCUGUCCUCUCUGACAAGCUGUAGAUAACAUCUAUUCACAGAGACUUCCAAAAGCAGACAGGAAUACUCAGACCUUCACUAAAAUGACUCUUUAACAUUGACUACUCUGCCUAAUGCUUGAAGAAAAGGUGCAAUUACUGUUUGAGAGCAGCAGUCUGCCCUGCUUUGUCAAAGGUUAAUUAUAUGAGCGUGUUCUCUUCC